CACAGACAGAGAUCUCCAUUUUCAAGAAAGAAAUCAGGCGGCUGCAGGGCCCCCAAAGGGCAUAAUAUUACAUUGCAGCUUAGCAUGGCGACCUCCGGAGAAGGCAGUAACCCCGGUGGCAGAGCGACACCCUGGCCCCUGGCACAGCUGCAGGACCUUGAGCGGCGGGUGGCCCGCCGACGCCUGUCCCAGGCCCACCACCGAGCCACCCUGGCGGGGCUGUUCAGCAACCUCCGGAAAACGGUCUACUCCCAUUCCGAUCUCAUAGCCUCCAAGUGGCAGGUUUUGAAUAAGGCGAAGAACCACAUUCAGGAGCUGGAACAAACCUUGGAUAAUCUGCUGAAGCUGAAAGAGUCCUUCAACCUGGACGAUGGGAAUGCAAACAGCUUAGAGGAGGUCAAGGCAGAAUAUGCCAGGAAGUACUCUGGAAAUCCCAGCCUGGUCUCAAAUAAGGUUCUUCAGAAAAUCUCUGCCACCUGGUGCCCAAUCGAGGCAGUCCGGAAGGACGCUGAAGGGGAGGAAGAGGAGGAAGACCAAGAAGAGGAGGAAGAGGAGGAAGAGGAAGAGAAAAAAGUGGAGCUCUUACACUCCCCAGUCACCUUGUUGCCAGACCUCAUGGAAUUUGAACGGUAUCUCAACUUUUACAAGCAGGCGAUGGACCUUCUGAUUGGGAACGGGAUUGUCUCCUCACAGGAGGUGACGCUCCCCAUUGUCUCUGCCGCCAUCUCCCACCUAUGGCAGAACCUCUCUGAGGAGAGGAAGACCAGUCUCCUGCAGGCCUGGGCACAGAGGCACUGCGGCCUCCAGGGCCUUGCCGGUGCCUGCCAGGAGCCGGUCUGUGCCGAUGGCAGCCUGAAGGACAGCGGGGUUGACAGCCAAGGAGCCAGCUGCUCGCUCGUCUCCACCCCGGAGGAGAUACUCUUUGAAGAUGCCUUCGAUGUGGCCAGUUUCCUGGACAAAAGUGAGGCUCCCAGUACAUCCAGCUCUAGUUCGGUGUUCACCGGUGGCAACCCAGAAUAUCCAGAGGAGAAGUUUCAGCUUUAUAUGCAGAUCAUCGAUUUUUUUAAAGGCCUUUGCUGUGUUAACCCUCAGUUAAAACAGGAUGCAGACCUCCCCACUGACGAUGAGAUGAUAACGCUGAGGUGCAUGGAGACCUUCGAUGAUGAAGAUCUGUGAUACGGAAGGGCUGGGACGGGAGGGGAUGAAUGAGGUGGGCAGUUUCCAAGCACUAAUGCC